AUGAAGUCCAUCCUAGGCAUGGCCCUCUGGGCACUAACCCUCAUCACCUCAGCUCUCGGCGCCGAAGUCGUCCCCCGCGCAACCUUCACCGAGGUAACAGACUACGGCUCGAACCCGACGGGCACGCGCAUGUGGCUCUACGUGCCGCAGAACCUCGUCGCCAAGCCCGCCGUCGUUGUGGGCAUCCACUGGUGUAGCGGCAGCGCGUCGGCAUACUACCAGGGCAGCCAGUGGGCGCGGUACGCCGAGACGUACGGGUAUAUCGUCAUCUACCCGCAGACGCCGUACACGCGCGACAACUGCUGGGACGUGGCGAGCAAGAUGACGCUGACGCAUGGCGGGGGCGGCGCGAGUAAUUCGAUUGCGAACAUGGUGAGCUUUGUGAUUGCGCAGUAUGGGGCGGAUAAGAGUAAGGUGUAUGCGACUGGUAUCUCGUCGGGUGCCAUGAUGACGAAUGUCCUGGCGGCGACAUACCCAGACGUCUUCGCAGCCGGCAUUGCCUACGCGGGUGUUCCAGCCGGCUGCUUCAUGUCCGCAGACGACAUUCCCGACUUUUGGAACUCGACGUGCUCGACGGGCCAAUCCAUCUGGACGCAGCAGCAGUGGGCCAACGUCGUGUACAACAUGUAUCCGGGGUACACGGGCGCGCGGCCCAAGAUGCAAAUCUACCACGGCACGGCGGACGAGGCGCUCAACGUGCAGAACUACUACGAGACAAUCAAGCAGUGGACGGGUGUGUUUGGGUACUCUGCGACGCCGCUGUCGACGACGGCGGACUACCCUAGGAGCCCGUAUACCAAGUAUGUGUUUGGGGAGAAGUUGCAGACUUUCCUGGGUACGGGUGUGACCCAUUCGAUUGACGUGUUCCCGGAGGAAGACCUCAAAUGGUUCGGAUUCGUGGUAAGAUUUGAUGGGAACAAAGUUUUGACACCAGUGAGCUCUUCGGCUGCGGCGACAGUUCCUGCGACGACGAGCCGCGCUUCCACGACGCUGCGAACCUCCACGGCGGCAGCAACGACGACCACGGCGGCCGGGGGAUCCGGGACGGCACCUCAGUGGGGCCAGUGCGGCGGGAUCAACUGGACGGGACCAACUGCGUGUGCGAGUUCGUUCACGUGUGUCAAAGUCAAUGACUGUAAGUGUUGA